CGUUGUGCCUGCCAGAACAGAAGAAAUAUAGUUGUACAGCUCUCUAGAGUGGAUUACAGACUCUUAAGGCACUAUUUAGGCUUGGUCUGAGCUAGACUUUACUGAUUAUAUACUAUCACUGUGCUCCCCAGAACAUAGGAAGUGCGAGAACAUAACAUCAACAUUACGGAAACAAUUAAUUGAGCUGAAGGAUACCAUUGAAUAUGAAAGUCAAGCUGUGCUGGAAAUAAAAGAGAAGAGUGUGGAGAUAACAGGAGGACAGAUUAACGUAAUGACUGCCUGGUCAAUGUUUGAGAAGUUGAAUAUGGAGAACAACUCCAAAGAAGCCAAGAGUCUUCGUCUGGAGAUUGGUGACUGCAGCGCCGAUUCUGAGGACUGGACAAGCUCAGAAAGUGAUUCAGAGCAACUCCCUACUGAGAAGAAAGGGACUCAGAUUGUGAGCAAACCACACCGGCAGCUCUGCCGCUCUCCUUGCCUUGAACGGCCAGUUCUUUCGAAAUGCAGUGUCCUACAGGAUUUUCAGAGUGAAGACAAUAAAUCCAAAUUUGAUGAUGAAUACAAGGCUGCUAGUUUAGAUAAAGAAUACCAGGCCAAAAUGGAGUUUGCCUUAAAACUAGGAUAUUCAGGAGAACAGAUACAAACUGUGCUCAAUAAACUGGGAUCAGAUGCUCUUAUUAAUGACAUUUUAGCUGAGCUGGUCAGACUUGGGAACAAAAGCGAAUCUGAGCCACAGCCUCCCAGUGUGGGUAAUGCAGGUACCCUAGUGUCCAGGGGCCAGUGUGUGAAGGAGAUCACGAGCCCAGAGCUGUCAUUGGAAGAUGAAGUUGUGGAUGAUUCUGACAAUUUGAGACCUAUAGUCAUUGAUGGAAGUAAUGUGGCCAUGAGUCAUGGAAACAAGGAAGUGUUCUCUUGUCGUGGGAUUCAGUUAGCUGCGGAAUAUUUCCUGGAAAAAGGACACAAAGACAUCACAGUAUUUGUUCCUGCAUGGAGGAAAGAACAGUCCAGGCCAGAUGCGCCCAUUAAAGAUCAAGAACUAUUACGAAAACUUGAGAAAGAGAAAAUUCUGGUUUUCACACCAUCCCGACGAGUGCAGGGGAGAAGAGUGGUGUGCUAUGAUGAUCGAUUCAUAGUGAAGUUGGCCUUUGACUCGGAUGGAAUUAUUGUGUCAAAUGACAACUAUAGGGAUCUACAGAACGAGAAACCAGAGUGGAAGAAAUUUAUAGAAGAACGUCUUCUAAUGUAUUCCUUUGUGAAUGACAAGUUCAUGCCACCUGACGAUCCUUUAGGACGUCAUGGUCCCAGCCUGGAUAACUUCCUGCGAAAGCGUCCCGUUAUUCCAGAGCACAAGAAACAGCCUUGCCCUUAUGGGAAAAAGUGCACUUAUGGACACAAGUGUAAAUACUAUCAUCCAGAACGUGUUAACCAGCCACAGAGAUCAGUUGCUGAUGAGCUUCGUGCCAGUGCUAAGUUGUCUGCUGUGAAAACGAUGAGUGAAGGAGCCUUGGCAAAAUGUGGCAUUGCCAUAUCGGGUGUGAAAGGGGAGACAAAUUCUGAGAUUAAGCGUGUCGCUCCAAAGCGCCAGUCUGACCCCAGCAUCCGAUCUGUAGUUUGUGAGCCAGAGGAGCGAUUGACACCAGCUCGCAGACUAGAGACUAACUCUGUGCCUUCUUUGGUCACUGCAUCGAGUGUACCUACAUUUCAACCCAAUAAAAACAAUGCAGCCAGUGCCAUGAGUACCCGAUCUGCAAGCAGUCCAGUGCCAUGUUCCAAACAGUUCACUCACCAGAAAUCCUCACAAGAACACUUAUCCACUUUAAAUUAUCCACCUAUUCUUGUAACCAACAGCCAUGGAAACUCUGUGAGUUAUACAGAACAAUAUCCAAAAUAUGAUUCAACUUUAGACACUGGCUACUACUCCAUGAUAAAUGACUUCUCAAAUUUGAGUAUCAGCAGUAUGCGGAACCAUGACAGCUAUUAUGGAUUGGAAUCGGAUCAUGGUUUGUAUCCAAGAAACACUAGUCCUCACACAGAAACCUGCAUUACAAGUAAUGAUUCCUAUUCUUCAUACAGUGACCUGGCAUACCUUGGCACUGUAGAACCAGGUCCAGAAGAUAAUGUGAAAACCCAUCAGCCACAAUCACAGAAUAGGCUGCAACCUUUCAUUCAUGGCUACCAUGAACCUAUAACAAGAGUGCAGAGCUAUGGACCAGAGGAGCCAAAACAGCCCCAGCGUAAACAGUCUAUCUCCCAUUUAGCUCCUCAUAUACAGCAUUCUGCUGUUGGAGCACGUUCCAGUUGUCCUGGGGACUAUCCUGUUCCUCAAAACAUUCAUCCAUCUGCUAAUAACCAACCAGGACGGGCUCUGGUAAUGACUAGGCUGGACAGCAUUUCUGAUUCACGACUGUAUGAAAGUAAUCCAACGAGACAACGAAGACCUCCACUCUGCAGAGAGCAGCAUACAAGCUGGGAUCACCUACCAUGUGUCACAGAUUCCUAUAGAUACCCUUCAUACCCUUUGACUAAUAAUCUCAUGCAACCCAAUUAUGAACCUGGUAUGUUUAGAAGUAUGCCAGAGAAGAUAGAGCAGAUCUGGAGGUCCCCCUGGCAGGGAAUGCCCAAUGAGCAACAGGACCAUCUGGCAAUCCGGGAACAUCAGUACCAAACGUAUCGAAACCUCUGUAACAUCUUCCCAGCAGACAUAGUUCAUGCAGUAAUGGAAAAGAAUCCCCAUGUAACUGACCCCCAACAUCUUGCUGCAGAGAUUGUUGCCAAACAACUACGUUCUGGGCGGUAAAACACAAAUGAAGGAUUGAUGACCAAUUGUGUAUUGUUAGGACAAACAAGAGAAAGUCUGUUUAGUGCACAACAUUUGUGAAAUUCAGGUUGUCUAACACAAUAGAUCUAAGAAUGCUAUAAGUAUUUUAAAAGCAUUUGAUUAUCUGAAGAGGUUUAGGCAACUUUGAAGAGGAAAUGAAUACCUUACUUUGUUAAAAUCGCAAACCUUCUACUUUUGACUUCCAGGAUUUUCCAAGUUACAAAGUAUAUUUGAAUUGUACUUUUAAGAAGAGUUAUCUUUUCAACAUAAAUUUCCAUACGCCUGACUUAUGGAUUGUAGGAUUUGGAAUCUUAAUAAAAGUCCAAGAGGAAAUAAGUGUAAUUGUAACUUUAAAAAGACUGUGUUUGCAAAUAAUGCAAACAAGAAUAAAAUCAUGUUAAAGAUUACAUACAACAAAUUAAAUUGAUAAUUUAAAUAUUUCAAAUGGCAUCCACAGAUUCAAAUGAUAAAAUCUCAUGUAAGGUAUCUAUUUCCUGUUUCAGAUUCUCAACCAAAAGUAUAGCACUUCAGACCAUUUCCUUUGAGUCGUAUUUUAAGGGUGGAAAAUUUGCAGCCAAAAACAAACCUUUUGGAAGCAUUAUUGUAUGUUAUCUUCAGACUGCACUGAUGUGCCACUAUAUUUAAAAGCAAUGUAUAUUAUUGCUAACAUUUGACAAGCUUGAUGUUUCAAGCUAGGUCUUGUUGAUUUAAAAAAAAAUGUUUUUCAUGAAAGUUGAGAAGGCCUUUAGGGGGUCUUUGUUUCUUCAUGAGAAGGUCUGACACUGCCUAAAUGUUUCUUACUGUGAAACACAUGGAAUGUGAGGCUGCAGUCAGGGUUGUUUCUGUCAUUUUGCUAAUGGCUUGCAAAUGCUGUGUAGUUGUUUUCUAUUUCCUACAAAAGCAGCAUCAUCACUUUAGUUUAAAACUGCCAGUUUGUUAUACGAUUUCACUUCAUAGUUCUGUUGGUGCACAUUUUUAAUGUUUCUAAAAUGUAAACAUUUUAAAAUUAACGUGUACACACUAAUACGUAGGGUAUGCUAACUUCCUUGUACCUAUACUAUCCCUUAAAAGAAGGGCCUGUCUGUUGCUAAUUAGUAGACUGGAAUAAUCAGUAAACGAGUAGAUUCAUCUAGUUAGUAACUGAAUUCUAUAGCCCAUAGUUCCCUGGUUCAGUCUCUCUGUGUGUUGGCUGAUUUCACCCAGGCUGGUAGUAGGCACACUACAGUCAGUCUUGGAGGUAGGGUGGCAAAAAUCAGAUAGGAUCCCUUGUCCUGACUGUUGACUAGCCACACCAACCUUCUCACUCACCCGUUUUAUGGAAAGUGCAUUCGUGUUGUGCACGGGCACUGUUGGUUAGGUGGCUAGAAUAUGAAGUAGUAUACUGUCAACAGUCAAGGUUCAAUCCCCAUAUGAGCUGUGGGAGUUCAUGGUUGCCUGCCUCCUUACUUUACCUCACAUUUGAUGCUGUGUGGUGCCCCUCAAGACUAUAUAACUAAUUGUUACUCUCUCUUGGAGAAAGAUGCCUGUGGUCUAUUAUGGACUGUAGCUAGUUACAGACUUUAUCUAUCUGGAUGAGGACAAGAUUUGUCUCAAGAAUUGAGUGCUGCUACUGUUGCAGAGUUUCCCAACUUUCAUCGCCACUCCAGUGAUGUUACACACAGCUGCUGCUGCUGCCAGGGAACCAUAUCCUAGCAAGACAGUUGAUUAAAACAAAACCACAUCAUUUUGUUGUAUCUGAAACUAUUUUUGUAGCUGACAUUUAAAUACAGCAAAAAGCAAUGCCUGGAAUGAUCAGAAAUGACAUUUGUUUGUUGAUACAAAUUGUAUCUCUUUUCUUGAUUGUAGAAAAUUAUUUAUUAAAUGUACAGUUAUCAUCGGUAGAAUAGCUUUAUCAAAUCUUGCCACAACGUUUGUGACACUGUGUGUCACUGGGAGUAGCCCAUGGGUAUGUAUGAAUUUUUACUGGGCACAGUAGUUUGUAGACCUGAAUUUUUAAAUUCAUGUUCUUCAGAUGUGCACACAUAUUGUGUACAGUACCAGUGUCAUUAUUCAUAACAUUUAUUAGGAUUAAAAAGUAUUGUUUCCAAAAGCUGAACAGUAACUGAUUUUUACAUCCACAUUAUCUGGUAUUUGUUUAUAACCAUCUUUUCCCCUUUUCUGCCUCCUUUUCUAGACUGAAAGCCCAAAAGACCUUCCACUCUCCAGUCAGGACUAUCACUGAUUUUCUCCUUUUAUGAAAGUCAGUAGCGCUCUGUCCCCCAGUAUAAGAGAAUCAAAAUGAGCAGAGCAAAUAAUUCCAUGCAAUUCCUUGGGUACAAGUGUACUAUUUGAAAAAAAAAUUGCUUUUAUUGGUUUGAUUUGUGUGAAAUUUAUCACCUCAGUUCACUUCUGCAUACCUUUUUAUAGGUCUGUAACUAUUAGCUCUUCAGUGUAGCUCAAAUUAUCUUAAUACAUGCUUCUCUUGGAAGUGCAGAAUUGAAACCAGUACCUCAAGCUGUUUUCAGUGAAUAUACAGCACUGAAAUUUUAUACGAUUAUAUUCAAGUAGUCAGCUUUUCUACACCCUAAGACGGAAUAUUGUGAUCCAUCUGGAAUCUCAAAUGCGAAAUUCCAAAAUUGAAAUCAAUAUUGAACAAGCUGCCGCCUGUAUAGAACUUGGCCUCUCAUGACCUCACUGGGAGCCAAGUAUUUAUCCUCUUUGAGAACAUGAGUUGUGUUACUCAAGAAUUUUACUUACAAAAAUACUUUGUAAUGUUUAGGAAAAUAUAGAAUCUUUGACUGAUUCUUGCGUGCAUUAUAUUAGUUUUCUGUUGUCAGCCCAGUUUUCUGUAUGGUACAAUUCUGCACAGCAGAACUGUCACUCCACGUGCUUUGUAGUAGAAAUAAAUGUCAAUUAAACCCCAGUCUUACUUUUAAUGGAAGCAAUAUUUUUUAACCUUAUUGCCCGCCUGACCUUGGCUCUUAUCAUGUAGAGCCAUUCGCUAAAGAAAUCUUUGAAUUGUGGUUCUUUAAAAGAAAUAUGGCAAAGUUUAAGCUACACCUUCCCAUUUUGGUUGGUCAGACAACAGACCUAUACGUUGCAUCUUUAAAUAAGUCUUAGUCUGACCCUUUCAGAUUCAAUUUUUACAAAUUAAUUUUGAAAGAAUUAAUCUAGGCUCUCAUUGAGCACAAGAGCCUUAUGUUUUUUCAAGUCUUUAGAUUCCAUAGGAAGUACUGUAAAGGUCUGAAAUGUCUGUUGAAGGUUAACAAAUGGGAUGCUGUAGCUUUAAGCAACAUGGUUAAUAUUCAGGAGUUUUAGAUUUACAUGGAGCAUUUUGCAUCCUCACCUGCCUGCCUGUUCUUUGCAAUGGUUCAGAAACCCAGCAUAAGGACGAUACAUUUAGAUUUUUCUGUACAAUUUGAGAAUGGUUAUCUUUUGCAUAUGGAAUGUAGGGUCUCUUCAACCAGUUGCAAGAAUGACAGUAAUCUGUGCAAUGAGCUAGAACAAAAUCUGCAUUAUUUAAGAAACACCAAUAAAAUGUUUAAUGUUCAGUGAGACCCUCCUUUCGUUACUGCUUUUGUUGGUUGCACGUAUAAUCUCAUCUAUUAAUGGGAGAAUAAAUUCGAUGACUUCUAUGUUUCUCAGCCCUGUUUAAAAAAAGUCUUGUAAAAAUAAUUUGCCUUGAUUAACUGCUUUCUUUUUGCUACAUCGAGUUUAUUCUCAGCCCCAGAUAGGAUCAAAGUGUACUAUAUUUAGUGAAACUUGUUUGAAGAGAUCAUACAGUUUGUGUAGAUUUACUGUAAUUUAGAUAGCUUGUGUACAGAUAGCUUAAUGUGUGAAAAUAUAAAUAGAAUAUAUAUUUUAUUAGAUUAGUGCAUUUGUUUUAUGAUCUGAUUUUUGUUCUGUUCCUUAUAAUGAAAAUGUUGGCUUUUAUCUGUAGUAAAACAAAAAAACUCUUUGGGUUUGUAGUCCCAAACAAAAUGUAAGUCUUAAUGACAAAAUGUGUCUCUGUCACUUUGAGAAUUUAAAAAAACAAGCAAAUGUGUUUUUAAGCACGCUAUGCGAUCAGUACCUUUUAAUGUGUAUGGAUAAUGUGAUAAAUUGUGCCAAGUGUUGGAUGGUAUAAUUGCUUUUAAUUUUGAGCACAGCUAACUCUAGCUGAUAUUAAUUGUAUUAGUAAAUGUGACAAGGCUGCUAUGACUUUAAAUCACUUUUUCAUUGUUUAAAUGUUAUGCGCUUUGGCUUUAGUUCAUGUCCAAGCAGCUUUUGUACAAUGUAAAUUGAUUAAAGUGGGUGCAUUCAUAAAAGAUCACUACAGUUGCUUACGUACACAAAUACUACAUGGAAGCAACUGUUCUUUCAAUCUGCAAUAAGGGGCUAGUUCUAAAUAAAACCACACUGCCAAUAGGUUAUUAACACAUUUAAUACCAUUCUGCUAUAGCUAAAGUUGUUCUUAAUCCACUAUGCUGUAAUACUGUACAAUCUUCCUGUGCAUCUCAAUCUGUAGAGCUUAAAAUACCAUCUAAAGACAAAACCCCUAUUUUAAAAGGACAAGCUCCAAUAGUACUGUAUAUUUUCCACAACUGUACAUAAAGCAAACAUUUUCACAGCCACCACUACAAUUUACAGAAGUCCUUGAGAAAACACUGCAAAAUUGGCUAUCUUUUCAAUAUUAACAUUUGUGAGAUAUAUACAUGGCAUUGUAAAUAUCAUCUUGACAUUAAAGUGGCCUUGAAAACCUACUUUUCAUAAACUAAUUUUGCAGUGUUACCUUUGCAUCUGUACAAUAGAAGUAAAUAGAGGGAUUUUACUUUGACAAUGGUAUGAACAUGAAGUGCAUAUUCAGGUAAUUUAUUCAGUUUUGAUGAUUGCACUCUAGGAGUAGCAGGGUAAUGAAAUUGAUUUCUGUGCCUUUUUAAAACAUUAUGGACACAACUUCAAAUGGGUUGUAUUUUUGUGCUUUCGAAUGUGUUCCAUACAAGGUGUGCAAUUUAAGAAUGUACUUUAGUGUUUAUUUGCAUGAAGUAAAAGUUAUAACUACCAAAAGAAAAACUGCCCUAAACAAACAUUCAUGUUUAUUAGUGCCAAAUGUAACUAAUUUGUAGUAAAGGAUUUAAAAAUUACUACACAAUUUGUGUUACAUAUAGUCAAUAAAAGUUACUUUCUAGAAGAUCAA